CCCGCCGUAUGCCCACUCCUUCUUUUUGCCGACACCAUGCCCAUGAAGGGGCGCUUCCCGAUCCGCCGCACGCUGCAGUAUCUAGGGCAGGGCAGCGUGAUUUUCAAGGACUCGGUGAAGGUCAUGACUGUGAAUUACAACACGCACGGGGAUCUGGGUGAGGGCGCCAGGAAGUUCGUGUUUUUCAACAUCCCCCAGAUCCAGUAUAAGAACCCCUGGGUGCAGAUCAUGAUGUUCAAGAACAUGACCCCAUCUCCCUUCUUGCGCUUCUACCUGGAUUCUGGGGAGCAGGUCUUAGUGGACAUGGAGACCAAGAGCAACGGGGAGAUUGUGGAGCACAUCCGCAAGAUCCUGGGGAAGAGCGAGGAGACGCUACAGAGGGAGGAGCAGGAAAAGCAGUGGCUGUCCCACCCGGCCAACUUUGGGCCCCGGAAGUACUGCCUACGGGAGUGCAUGUGCGAGGUGGAAGGCCAGGUGCCGUGCCCGGGCCUGGUGCCCCUACCCAAGGAGAUGACCGGCAAGGGCAGGGCUGCCCUGAGAGCCAGUGCCCAGGACUGAAGUGCCCUGGGGAGUUGGCCCCUGUGAGCAAGGAUGCUGCAUGUGAGGAUUGCAUACGAGGACCCUGUGUGGGAGGACGUGGGGGUGGCUGCGUGGACAGACACCUCUGCCCUGGCAAUAAAGGCUCUGUGAGCAGUGCA